CAAAAUGCAGUUUACUAGAAAGAUGAAUCUACAGAGUAGAUUGAAAGUGAGAGCCUGAAUAGGGGCUAUGGCAGUAUGUGGGGUUACAGCUGCGGUAGCUGCGGGACUGGCUAGAAAAUACUAAAGUUCCUCUGGGCUCAAAUAGAAUUUUAUAAGAACAUCAUGGAUGGAGAGGAGAAAACCUAUGGUGGCUGUGAAGGCCCUGAUGCUAUGUAUGUGAAAUUAAUAUCUUCUGAUGGUCAUGAAUUUAUUGUAAAAAGAGAACAUGCAUUAACAUCAGGAACAAUAAAGGCCAUGUUGAGUGGCCCAGGUCAGUUUGCCAAGAAUGAAACCAAUGAGGUCAAUUUUAGAGAGAUCCCCUCACAUGUGCUAUCAAAAGUGUGCAUGUAUUUUACCUACAAGGUCCGCUAUACUAACAGCUCUACUGAAAUUCCUGAAUUCCCANUNGNACCUGAAAUUGCACUGGAACUGCUGAUGACUGCAAACUUCCUAGAUUGUUAAAUAAAAUAAAUUAUAAUAAACUG